AAUUUGGGAUGGAGGGAGUAACACUUAAAUAGUCAAUCUCCAUUCCCGGAUCCCCCUAGCACUUUAAACCUCGAUGGGUGCUAUUUGACUCUACUGGACUCACAACAAAAUGAACAACAAAGUGCUCGUAACGGGCGCUUCAGGCUACUUAGGCGGAAGGCUCUGUCACGCAUUACUCACUCGCGGAUACGCCGUUCGUGCCUUUGUCCGCACAACUAGCGAUAUAUCCGCGCUUUCUGACCAUCAAAAUGUCGAAUUCUCGUACGGUGAUGUCACGGAUUAUGAUUCUUUGGCACGAGCUGCUUCGGGAUGUCAGAUUGUGUUCCAUUCUGCUGCUCUUGUCGAGCCCUGGCUUCCCGAUCCUUCGGCUUUCCUGACAAUAAAUGUUGGAGGAUUGAAGAAUGUGUUGAAGGUGUGUAAAGAGACCGCGAUGAUAGAGAGGAUUAUAUACACUUCUUCCUUUUUCGCUUUAGGCUCAACCGAUGGUUAUGUUGCUGAUGAGAGUCAGAUUCAUGAUGCCAAGUACUUUUGUACGGAGUACGAGAAAUCAAAAGCCAUCGCUGAUAAAAUUGCUAUGGAUGCUGCUCUUGAAGGUGUGCCUAUUAUAGCUGUUUAUCCUGGAGUAAUUUAUGGUCCCGGAAAAGUCACUGCUGGAAAUCUUGUUGCUCGAGUGCUGAUUGAACGGUUUAAUGGACGCUUGCCUGGUUAUAUAGGCCAAGGAAAAGAUAAGGUUUCUUUUAGCCAUGUCGAUGAUGUGGUAGAGGGACAUAUAGCAGCUCUAAAUAAAGGCCGGCUCGGUGAAAGAUAUCUUCUCACUGGAGAAAAUGCGUCAUUCAUGCAAGUAUUUGAUAUCUCUGCUACUAUCACUGGGACCAGAAAACCUUGGUUUAACAUCCCUUUAUUAUUGAUUGAGGCUUAUGGAUGGAUAUCAGUUUUUGUAUCUAGAUUAACAGGAAGACUCCCCCUUAUCAGCCCUCCGACUGUGGAUGUUCUUAGACAUCAGUGGGCUUACUCUUGCGACAAGGCAAAAAAGGAACUGGAUUAUAACCCUCGAAGUUUGGAACAAGGUCUGAUAGAGGUACCGUCGUGGUUGAAGAGCUUGGGCCUGAUAAAAUACUAGAAGUUUACUGAUGAAAGUUGGUGCUUCUACUUUCACAUCUCUUAAAUCUAAAUAACAUACUUUCUAUGGCACAAAGUACCUGCGGUUCAUUGGUUUACCUUGACCAGAAAAUAGCGCUUCAUCUGCGACCUUUCUAUCAGUUGUCACAGACCAACAAAAGAGGGUGGUGAAUUAAUAAGAUUAGAAAACCAUUGACCAUCUUAAAAACAGUUCAGAAUCUAAUAAACUCUACUCUCCAACUACUGCCACCGGCCUCUCUAAGCGACACGUCUCUGUAAUGUCAAGUGUAAUAUAGACAGAACAUAGUUCCUUGCAGUGUCUUUGUAGUUCUACCGUUACCCUCAUUUUUAUUGUACUAGAGAUUGAGAAUUCAAAACUUAGCCUGAGGCAAUGUCUGUGUACUUGGUACAAACUUUGAUGUCCCGAGAUUUAUCUUUUCUGUUAUUUUGCCCCAGGGCCACAGUUUUGAUGUUGUA